AUUAUUGCAUCAUAGUAUUCGAUUCAGUUUCGCUUAAAUACGAUGAUGAUGGUGUGAUACGAGAAUUUGGUAUAGUAAAUUGGUUUGGUUAAUCGACUGGUUGAGGACCACGUCUCGGAUUCGGACACCCAACCCCAACCCCAACCCCAACCACCACGUUACGUAUCACCUAAAACCUCCCCACAUCAACGUAGGAAGUAAAAUAGAAAAAAGACAAAAGGCAAAAGGAAUUAAAGAAAAAGGAGAGAAAGCAAAGCAUCCAUCCAAAGGCCCCUCGGGGAUGUCGAAGCACCAAUUCCUCCCUUUCUUUGUUCAUUAGGGUUCGGGCACCCUCGUACGUUCUCUCCUGCGGGCAAUGGCGAGCUCUCCUCGGCUCUCCGCCGUGGAGUCUGCCCUCCUCCUCCUCCUACUCAUUCCCGCCGCCCGAUCCGAAGGCAUCGACGCCGUCGCCGACCUCUGCGGCGCCAUAUCCGACGGAGGGGCCCCCUCCUGCCGCGUCAGCUGCUUCCGGCCGGACCCCGUGUGCGGUGCGAACGGCGUCACGUACUGGUGCGGCUGCCCGGAGGCGGCGUGCGCCGGCGUCCGCGUCACCAAGCGGGGCCCUUGCCAGGUCGGCAGCGCUGGUACCGGCCUCGUCUCCGGCCAGGCCUUCCUCCUCCUCCACAUCGUGUGGCUCAUCGUCCUCGGCUUCUCCGUCCUCUGCGGCUUCCUCUGAGCACCAACUAUUGUUGGC